GGUGACUUUCACGCCACGCCUUUGCGUGAAGAAAUUUUAGAGUCAGAUUUAAGCAAAUUGAAGUCUCUUGCGCGUUUUAUAAUUUAGUGGGACAAACAGCGGACAUGGCUUAUCAUAACCAAUACAGACCACCUCAUUUUAACAACGCACCGCCGGAUCAGAGCUUUCUAUGGAAUAUAUUUCAGAGGGUAGAUAAAGACAGGAGUGGGGCAAUAUCAGACACAGAACUUCAACAGGCUUUAUCGAAUGGCACAUGGACACCUUUCAACCCUGUGACCGUCAGAUCAAUUAUAUCUAUGUUUGAUCGAGAAAACAAAGGAGGGGUUAGCUUCAACGAGUUUGCCGGCGUUUGGAAGUACAUCACAGACUGGCAGAAUAUCUUCCGUACCUACGACAGGGAUAACUCAGGGUUUAUCGACAAGAACGAACUCAAACAGGCUCUUACUGGCUUUGGUUAUCGUCUUUCAGAUCAGUUCUACAAUACACUGAUAGAGAAAUUUGACCGUCAGAAGAGGAGCCAAGUGGCAUUUGAUGACUUUAUUCAGUGCUGUAUUGUUUUACAGAGGUUAACUGAUGUGUUCCGACGAUAUGACACAGACCAGGACGGCUGGAUCCAGGUGUCAUAUGAGCAGUAUCUCUCAAUGGUCUUCAACGUGGUAUAGCACAACACAAGCAUGUCUGCACUCUCCUGUGCCAAACACCAAAUGUCCCUCCCCUGCAGUCUUCCAGCAGAUGACUCAACACUACCCUCUAAAGGAGGGUGCGGGGAUGGAACCUUUAUGACUCUUAAUUCUGUCUGUCUGUUAGUAGUCAUAUCAUAUUUCUUUAUUACGUUAACCAUAUUAUUAUUGUAAGAGUCUACAAAAUAUCACUCGCUCUUCUGUGUUCAAAGAAUGUCGACAUUGUGAAAAUCAUAUUAAGACCAGUUGCAUGCUUUCUUGUAAACCUCCUUAAUGUCAAAGCAUGAACUAAUGUUUCUUUUUGGGUGAAUUUAAUUCAUGUUUACAAAGACGUACUGUGAGAACAGGUUGUUUCAAGAUUAUAAAAUCCUUUUUUGGAUUGACUGUCAGCUCUUCCAUAUAUUUGUAAAGAAUUAUAUUUUUAAUCUGCACAGUAAUGUAACAUAUUCAACGUUUUACUUUAGGAAGGAGGUGCAUAUGUUUUGUAUGCCUUUUUCAUGCAUGAUGCCUUACAACUUCAAAAAUAACUAAGGUGAGCUGUUUUAUUAAAAACUGUAAAAUAAAUGAAUCUUUUUGUUUCUUGGAA